AAGCCAAUGGCAUACGAAGCUUCUCCUCGCGAAAGUUCCGGACGAAGAGGAGGCAUGCGCUACAAUGAUGGAUACCAGCGUGGGAGGUCACGAAACUUUGGACAGGGUGAGUAUCGUGAUGACCAAUACACUGAAAAACGCGCCAGAGACUAUGAUGAAGCUCCUCGACCUAAACGCCCCCGGGAUUAUACGGUUGGUACUGAUAGAGAUCGAGAGAGAUAUGGUGGGCCUAGGUAUGAUGACCGGCACGGCGGUUCUCGUCGUGAGGAUUAUGGCGGAGUCGGCGAAUAUGAUAGGAGGGAGGUUUAUGACAGAUACAACGGGGGAGGCCGUGGCUACAGCAGGGGUGGCUUCCGAAGUGGGCCCAGGAGAGGUGGGUUUUCAGAUCGAGGCCCACCCAGACGCGAUCGUACUCCUCCCGCGCCUAGUCGUGUUCUCGGAGUCUUCGGAUUGUCAGCAAGAACUGAAGAGCGCGAUCUUUACGAAGUUUUUUCUGAAUUUGGCAGAGUUGAUGAUAUCCAAAUGGUUUAUGACGCUCUCACCGGUCGGUCCCGGGGUUUCGGCUUUAUCUAUUUUGAAGAUAUUGACUCUGCCAUUGCUGCCCGAGAAGGCCUGUCUCGUGGUCUCGAAUUACAUGGGCGCAUUGUUCGAAUUGAUUAUAGCAAAACUGAAAGUGCUCAUGCUCCCACUCCGGGAGUAUUUAUGGGAAAAGAUAGAAGGCGAGGUUCAUAUCUCCCACCUGGCAGGUUCAGUGGGCGCGGCUUCAAUUCUCGGCCUCGUUAUUAUGGCGGCCGAGGAGGUCCUCCUCGUUCUGCGCGGGGUCCAUACGGAUCCAGAUCUCGUUCUCGAUCAAGAAGUCGAUCUCCUCGCUCUGUGAGGUCAUACUCAAUGAGUCCCCCCCCUCGUGGCCGGCGUGUUAGUGCUCAGGGUGGAUCAGGUAGCGCUGCAGCCCCGGCCCGCCCUAGAAACCGCACGCAGUCAAGCAGCCGCUCGCGAAGUCCUCCCGCUGCCUUGCCAUCAGGCAGCUCGGCCAGGCGCAGAACCAACCAUAGGGUUGAUGAUGGCUAUGUCUACGCUGACGUCAAUGGAAACAAUGCUGGAGUUGGCUCCCUUGAUGGUGAUGGCAGAGUCGGGCGUCAGCGGGAUGAUUGGUCGGAUGCCGGGAGCGCUUCAUCGCUCGCAUAA